AUGCCUCCCAGACUACCUACCGGGCCGGACGGAACCCUCAAUAUUCCCCAUUCCCAAGUCGAACAAUCCCGUCCUUCGCCGGGUCCGUUAACUGCAACCACAUGCGAUUCCAACAUCUCCGAUUACAUUGGCAGCGGAUCUGGUAGCCCUGGACUUAGCCCUGGGCUCGACCAGCGCUUAGCCGAGUUUGAUGCAUUGCGAAACGGCGACGACGAUUACUUCGAACGCGAUUACGACCACGACGACGACGACAACAUGAGUGACUCUCACCGAAGACCCCCUCUCCUCCGAAACCACGACUCUCGCUCCGGUCAGCCUCUCCUUGAAUCUAAAUCCGACGAUAAAGACCAUUCCAAUGGCGACCAUGGCUAUUCCACUCGUUCUCGGGGCGGCAGUCCCUUGCUGACCCCUAGCCGGCCGGCCUUCUCCCGCCGCUCAACCCUACGAAACCACUCCCCUUCGACCGCCAAAGCGAACGCGCGCAAGAAGUACCUUUAUGCCGGCUUCUUCCUCAUUCUCAGCUUGUUCUCCUUCGUCAUUCAGACCGAGCUGUCGGCCUACAUCCAGCAGGAGCUGGGCUGGGAUAAAGCAUACUGCAUGCUGUACCUUACCCAUGGCUCCUGGGCGAUGCUAUGGCCUGUUCAGCUAUUGAUAUUGCGCCUCCAGAACCGCGGUGUUUCCUGGUCCUCUUUCUGGCGCCAUCACCGCGAUCUGCUUCACAGCACCGCCGUAAUGGUUCAGACACAGAGCCUCGACAUUUCGCGCCACAAUACCCGCCCUCGUUCCUCGCCGCUAGCUUAUCUCGUCAAGACCACUGCCUUUGUUACAACAGCUCUGACUAUUGGUGGUCUUAGCUGGUACGUCGCCGUGAAUUUAACGACUCCUGCUGACCUGACGGCCAUUUACAACUGCUCGGCCUUCUUUGCCUACGUCUUUUCUGUCCCUUUGCUCAAGGAGCCUCUACGCCUGGACAAGUCUAUCGCAGUGAUUGUAGCUAUUGCCGGUGUGCUGAUUGUUGCAUAUGGCGACACGAGCCCUGGAGACGACGACGCUGCCCACCAAAAGGCCGCUGGCGAGCGCCUGACUGGCAACUUGGUCAUUGGUGUCGGCUCCGUGCUCUAUGGACUGUACGAGGUACUCUACAAGCGCUUUGCGUGCCCGCCCGACGGCUGCUCUCCGGGCCGCGGCAUGAUCUUUGCCAACACAUUCGGUUCUUUGAUUGGCACUUUUACGCUCACUGUGCUCUGGCUCCCGCUGCCUAUUCUUCACUGGCUUGGUAUCGAGACUUUCUCUUUGCCAACAGGCCACACCGCCUGGAUGCUUUUGGCCAGCGUCAUUAUGAAUGCUACAUUUGCUGGCAGCUUCUUGGUCUUGAUCAGUCUGACGAGCCCUGUUCUGUCCAGUGUGGCCAGCUUGUUGACCAUUUUUAUCGUGGCAAUCACUGACUGGAUCAGGACUGGGGAGCCCCUCAGCUCCGCCGCUCUUCUUGGUGGUGUCAUGAUCAUGGUUGCCUUUGGAAUGCUGAGUUGGAGCACAUGGCGUGAGAUGACGGAGAUCGAGGCCACAAAAGCAGUCGACCUGACCGACAGCGGUGACGAUAGUGACAGGGAUGAGCGUGAGGAUUAG